AUGGACGUGUUGAAGAAAAGACAGAGAUUUACCGAUCACGAUGAUUUAGUGCUCUUAAGAGAAGUCUUGGGGCUCAACCCAUUUGAGGAUUCUGCAUUGUGGCUCACUAUUCAGGAACAUAUUUGCAGCAUGACAGGCAAAACGUUCAAUAUAAGAACUUUAAGAUGCCAUCUAGAGCUCUUGAUUAAGCUUUGGCUAGAUCAUUACAAAACUUUGAAAGAUAAAUCAGGAAUAGAAGUAACUGAGACAGAAAAAAAUAUAUUAUGCCAUAACAUCUAUGACAUAAUGAAAGAAUGCAAACAAGAAAAAAGGAAAAAGACUCCAGCAGCAGGCAAUAAAAGAAUGGGAAUAGAGGCAAGAAAACAAUGGACAGCUUCAUUACAGAAACCUCAAGAGCUGCAAGAAGAAGCUCAUGUAGGUUCCGCAGAUUUAGUUUUAGAGGACCAUGUGGUGGUUGAUGAUCACAGCUAUACCAAUGUACAGGGAGAAGAGAUUAUUAUUGAAUUUGCUGAUCUAGAUGAAAAAACCUCAGAUAAUACAGUUUUAACUGAUGUGUCAAACGUCCUAGGAGGUAUAAGUGAAAGUAACAAUGAAGCAGGAUCUUCAAAAACUCCAACAUCCCAUAAUGCUCCCACAAACAAAACAAAUUUUGAAGCUUCCACCUCCAAGUCAAAAGUUUUCGGUGCAGUAAGAUCUAGAAAAAGGAAGAUAACUGCACAAAAACAAGGGCUUGAGUAUCUUCACCAGUAUGACAAACAACAAGCAGAAAUGAAGAAAAGGGAACUUGAUAUUGCAGAGAGAAAAUUAUUGAUUGAAGAGAGAAAAAUGGAUCUAGAGGAGAAACAAUUUCUUUUAAUGGAAUUUAAACUGAAAAAAAAAUUGGAGUUGCAGGAAAAACAAAUGACAUUCGAAGCAGACGAACGGAAGAGUCUGAAAGCAAUUAUAGAAAAACAGGAUACUCAAAUACAGUUUCUUUUGAAUAAACUGACCCAAACUUGAAUAGCUA